AUGACAAGCAUACAUCAUGACAUUGCUUUUCGCAAAGAGGGCAUGUUGAAUGGCAAUGCCACUGAUGCUAAAACAACUACAACAACUACUACCAGUCAUCAAAUGGCUCAUCUUGCUUCAGGUCAAUUCGCGUUUGUGGAAGGUGACCUUAAGAAUACUACUACUGCGACAGAUGGGAAUUUGGCAGAUAAAAGGACGAACCAAUCUGCCCGGCGUCUCUUGGGGAAUAACUUGUAUUCUUCAUUUCGAAAGAAAUCAAAGGUGAUGGAACGUAUUACUACAAGUACAAGGCUGGCAUCGAAGAAUAAUGUGAAUAAUGUUGAAUCUGAAGUGCCAGUAGUUGCACCUGAAGGAAUCGCAUUCAUUCCGUCUCAGAUCUCCUUACGCCCAGGAUCUCUCAUUAGUGAUCUCAAUACUGCAGCAAGUGAGACAUCCAAGCGGAGCAAGAAUCCUUUGGGCGAACUACAACAAGUGGAUCCAAUAAUAAGGCAUCCGCAAUCUCAAAUACGACAUGUACCAGCCAGAAGGCCAAAGCGACAGUCUAGUUUUGGUACCAUGGCUCCAGAACCACCCAAACUUAAAGAACUUAUCGAAGAUUCCGGCAUAUUGAACGAGAUUACAAUGCAAAAGGGAGGAGGAGGCUUUCAAUCCAUAGUGGAUGCUGAAGGUUUGGACGAAUCGUCAUCGGAUUGGCGUCAGCUAUCAAAAAAGACCCAGCGUGCUGUUUCCGCUGUCCUCGAAUCCACCCUACAUGAGGUCUUGAGCCUAGAAGAUCAUCCAUCGUACUAUUCUUCCACCUCACCAAAUGAUAGAGUAGUAAGCGGGCAAUUGGCUUCCAAUGCAAGCGGCAGCACCAAUGAAUGGCGAUCAUUUGGGGAUACCACAAUUUCAAGUCGAUCUCUCGAUCACGAGGAGUUACAGCAUAUGAAAGAACGGAAGCAACGUGCUUCUUCCGAACCCGAUUCGGAAUCUUCGAGGCCCUUGCCAAACAAUUUGAAUGAGCAGGAAGAUCACUCCUAUCGAAUACGUAACCGACAAUGGGAGGAGAUGGAACAACAAGAGCAAGUCGCCGAGUCUCAAUAUGACAUUAGUCGCAGUCUAUCAAUCUCAUCUCGCUACGAGCCAGCAGUAUCGCCUAUUCCUGACGGCGUUGAAUUGGAUGUUCUACCACGAGAGCUGGACGACGGCAACACUCUGCUGAAGAGUCAACAUAGAAGGGUGGCAUCGGAUGAUCUUGUUGGGAGCAGCAGUAACUUUUUGCUUUCGGAGGAGCAACUUCACUAUUUGAAUCGCAAAGACUCUACGCAGUCUAUGGUUUCCGAGAUUACCAUGGAUACCAAUGUCAAGACUUCGGGGCGUUCUAUUUUGACGACACCGCCAGCAACACCAAUGGUUCUGGACCCACGGGCCCCACAAUUGCUCAUGGCACGACUUCAGGAGGAUCCAACCUCGCAAAUUAAUACUUUUCCAAGACCUCCAAUUGCCCUGGAGAGUCCGACACCACCAAUGCGGAAACGUAGCCCGGAUGACGACCAUGUGAUUGACGGGACAGCAGCUAGAUUUGCGGAAAGAUCCAGUGGAGUUACAUCAGCCUUGCAACCAUAUACGCGAAAGGGAACUUUGACUCAAAGCGGUCGGGCACAGCAACUGCACGAAAUGGAAGCUAUUUUAGAGAAUGAGGAGAAAGUGAAACAGGAAGGCAUUUCAGCACGGAAGAAGAGCCAAACGGAUAAUAGCGAAACUACGGACUCCGAUCUCGACACAGAAGAGCUGUCGACAAGUGAGUCUUUUGACCCCCAGCCGAUAAGUCUGCGUGGACCUUUUGCCAGUGAUAGCGACGCCAUGCCAAUUCGACUUGGUGGUCUUUUGAGGCCGGUGGAUAAUUCAAAUCCACUUUUGUUCCCUGCACCCUUGAUAUCGGACGACGAAGAUGAAGAACACUUUCAGAACGAAUCGGAUCAUCAGCGAGCAAUUGACCAGGGAAAAGUUAUCAGUCCUUCCAAGUCCAAGAUACGAGAGCAAUUCAGUGCUGUAACAGCUACCCCCAGCGUUGAUAAUCGACGGAAGUUUUUGCCUGACGUCUUUGUCGCAAGCAACCAUCGCAAGGACUUCCAAAACAGUCAUCGAGAUAUUGUGUUCGACUCAUCCAAUAGCAGCAUUGAUCUUGAAGCCGAGACAGCCCCGUUGCAUGAUGCAAUCGUUGCAAAUGACAAGGUUGGAUCCAGUAUCCAGCGGCAUUCGGAAUCCUACAGAGCCAAAUCCGGUGCGGCAAAUCGCAUGGAGCCAUCCAGUUCCGUUGGUCAAUUCAAUUCGCUCCAUGCAAAAUCCGCUUUCGAAUAUCCAAAGCCCCCAUCACAUGCGCCCUUACACAGCUCUUUGGACUUUCAUGGUAGCGGAGACAUGCCAGAGCAAGCGACACAAGCGAAAUCUGUUCAUUCUGAGGAAAACAUUGAUGAGUUAUCGACUAGUGAAUCGGCUGAUCCUCCACCGGCUAUUAGCCUUCGUGGACCGUUUGCCGAUGACAGUGAAGCCGCACCACGUCGACUUGGUGGUCUUUUGAGACCCCAAGAGGAUUCCAAUCCGCUGUUAUUCCCUGCACCUCUGAUGUCGGACGAUGAAGACGCUGUAUGCUUCGAAGAUGAACCAGACGCAGAAACUUUUUCGGGGCCAGUGGAUGCUAUGGCGACACAAAAGGAAAUGGCUGGCGAAUCUAAAAGACCAUCUUCCUUGAAGGAUUACCAAUUGAAGGUAUUCAACCCAUCAGCGAAUACUCGCAGCACGGACAACCAGAGAACUUAUCAGAAUACGACCGCAAGAGCCCAUCGCGAUAUCCUCUUUGAUUCUUCGACCCACAGCAUGCACUCUGGUGAAGAUACACAAGAACCGAAUCAAUCGAAACAAAGCAACAACAAUGACAAUGACAAUUGGGCCGGUGACGAAAUUCUCCCUCUAGCCUCCAAGAUUGAGUCUAGCGUGCUUACGAACGGCGAAGUGAACGAGCAAUUUUGCUUCCGGGGACUUCAAGAUGGCGUUCGAGUCAAGUUGUGCCCAGCCCAGAUUGGAUAUCUCUUGAACGGAAAAGCUCAUGUCCAUUCCGGACAUUACAGUGGUCCAUUGAACUCACAAUGUCGCAUGCAUGGAAACGGUAUGUUCUGGUUCACUUCCGGCGACACAUAUCUUGGAGAAUUCCGGAAUGGAGAACUGCAUGGAGCUGGGAUGAUGUCAGUCACUGACGAGGAGACCGGCAAGAAACAAGUGUUCAGUGGAUAUUUUAGCCGCAACAAAUAUGUUGGGGAUGAGGUGGUAGACGACGACAGCACUUGA